AUGCUUAUCGGCUUGUGUGGAGGCAUCUGUGCCGGCAAGCAUGCAAUUGCCGAGUACCUCAUUGAGCAUCAAGGCUUUCAGCUUUUAGAACUCGCUAGUCAACCAUCGCAUCGCACUAUCACCGACGAUAUCGAUGACAAUCUACGACUCCAAGCUUCCCAAGUUAGCAAGUCCGGUGCCACGCCGCCCGAACACAUCUUCCAAACGCCCGAAUCCCUUCUCGAUUUCGUGACAAAACAUUGGCAAGAACGCUGGGUUACCACAGAUAUUGCAGAUGGCGCAACCCUCGAUCGCUUCAUUUUACGCCCAUUCUUCCUACUCGUGAGCGUUGACGCCCCCGUGAGCCUCCGCUGGAAGCGAUUCUCCGACCGAUGCUGGCGAAGACAACUCGACCCGCCAGAUCUCGAGAAAUUCGUUCUCUGGAAUGACCGUCACCUUUAUGAGAGGGAUAUUGGGCGUGUCUACCUGACCGAUCGAGCUCAAGUUCGCCUAUUCAACUCAUCCUCAUCACUCGAAGAACUCCACCAGUCUCUACAAACACUUGACCUUGGAGAUGAGCAACGACUCAGACCCAACUGGGAUCAAUAUUUCAUGCAGCUCGCGUCCCUUGCGGCGCAGCGAAGUAACUGCAUGAAGCGGCGUGUGGGAUGCGUUCUUGUUCGAGAACGCCGGGUCAUCAGCACAGGGUACAACGGGACUCCAAGGCAUCUGACGAACUGUAAUGAAGGCGGAUGUCCUCGUUGUAAUCGCGGCGAUGGAGGCGGCGUUGGUCUUUCUACUUGUCUAUGUCUGCAUGCGGAGGAGAACGCGCUUCUGGAAGCGGGCAGAGAGCGCAUUCGAGAGGGUGCGAUUCUAUACUGUGAUACGUGUCCGUGCUUGACAUGCACCGUCAAGAUUGCUCAAGUUGGAAUCUCCGAGGUGGUCUACGCCCAAGGUUACAACAUGGACGAAUCGAGUGCCACCAUUCUUAAGUCCGCAGGCUUUAGAGUAAAUGUGGAGCUCUCGACCGCACCCCCACCAUCUUCUGCUAUUCUGCCCGGCAGAAAAGAGUUGAACGGUCCCUUCAUCAUGCCAACUGUUCACCUUCUCGACUACGUUGCGGGGAACAUCCGCUCCCUGGUCAACGCGAUCAACCAGGUUGGAUAUGAAGUGGAGUGGGUUAAGACCCCGGAGGAUGUGAAGAAUGCGGACAAAUUGAUCCUCCCCGGUGUCGGCCACUUCGGCCACUGCCUCUCCCAACUCGAAAAGGGCGGCUUCCUAGGCCCAAUCAAACAGCACAUCGACUCCGGUAAGCCCUUUAUGGGUAUCUGUGUUGGUCUCCAGGCUCUCUUCCAAGGUUCCGACGAAGAUUCUGCCGUCCCGGGACUGGGCGUCAUCCCCAUCCAUAUCAAACAGUUCGACGACAAGACCAAGAGCGUGCCGCACAUCGGAUGGAACUCUGCGAAGAACCAGGGAGAAGGAUCGAAGGAUCAAAGCUUCUUUGGCUUGCGACCGGACAGCAAAUACUAUUACGUUCACUCCUACGCGGCGCCCUACACGCCGGGUGUCUUGGAGAAGGACGGCUGGUCUGUCGCAACGGCGACCUACGGCGAGGAGGAAUUCAUCGGCGCGGUCAGCCGUGGAAAUAUCUUUGGCACACAAUUUCACCCGGAGAAGAGUGGUGUUGCAGGAUUACGGGCUCUCCGCGCAUUCUUGAACGGUGACCAGGUCACCCCUCUCCCGAAAGAAUUAGCCGCCAGCAAGGAAGAUGGCCUGACUCGCCGAGUCAUCGCCUGUCUUGACGUGCGAGCCAACGACAACGGCGACCUGGUUGUCACAAAGGGCGAUCAAUACGAUGUGCGUGAAAAGAGUGGCGUCGAUGCGGGCGGCCAGGUCCGAAACUUAGGAAAGCCCGUCGAUAUGGUCAAGAAGUACUACGAACAAGGAGCCGACGAAGUCACGAUCCUGAACAUUACUUCUUUCCGCAACUGCCCGCUGGUCGAUACACCCAUGCUUGAGAUUCUGCGCCGGGCAUCGGAGACAGUUUUCGUCCCGUUGACUAUUGGCGGCGGCAUCAAGGACACAGUCGACACUGACGGCACUCACGUCCCAGCACUGGACGUGGCGACAAUGUACUUCAAGUCCGGCGCUGACAAGGUCAGCAUCGGCUCUGACGCCGUUUUCGCUGCGGAGGAAUACUACGCCGCUGGCAAGAAGCUGAGCGGCACUACUGCCAUCGAAUCCAUCUCAAACGCAUACGGCAAGCAAGCUGUCGUGGUCAGCAUUGAUCCCAAGCGAGUCUACGUCGAUAAGCCCGAAGACACCCACCACCACACCUUGAAAACCGCCCACCCCAACGAAGCCGGUCAAAGCUACUGCUGGUAUCAAUGUACCGUCAAGGGCGGCCGUGAGACUCGCGACAUGGAUGUACGCGAACUGGUGCAGGCCGUCGAGGCCAUGGGUGCUGGCGAGAUCUUGCUGAACUGCAUCGAUAAGGAUGGUAGUAACAGCGGCUUUGAUCUGGAAUUGAUUAAUGAUGUCAAGGCCUCUAUCAAGAUCCCUGUCAUUGCCUCUAGUGGUGCUGGCCUGCCGGCUCACUUUGCUGAGGUCUUUAGCAAGACGACUACCGAUGCUGCGUUGGGUGCUGGUAUGUUCCACCGAGGUGAAUACACCGUCAGCCAGGUCAAGGAUCACCUCCAAGAGGGAGGAUUCCUCGUCCGUCAAUUUGAGGCGACAAUUUAA